AUGAAGGCUGCGGUACUCACAGGAAAGAACGGAAAAUGGACCAAGGUCACGGAUAUUCCAACGCCCAUAAUUUCCAAUGAUCAACUAUUAGUUAAAACAGUUGCAUUUGCUGCAAAUCCUACCGACUGGAAGCGUAAUUUUCCAGUUAAUGCUGGCAAUGUCACCGGUGCUGAUGCUAGUGGAACAGUGGUGGAAAUUGGGUCCAACGUGACCGGUUUUGAAGUUGGGGAUGUGGUUUCUAUCCUGGUUCAAGCUGGAACAAAUAAUGGUGGUUUCGCUGAUUACGUUGCGACUGUUCCUGGUUUUGCAAUUAAGCACGACAAGAAUGUUGUCAAGGACACUCCAUUAAGUCCUGGGAAUCAUGGAAGCGGUCCUAUUUCAACUUUCGAGCAAGCUGCUGCGAUUACUCUCGGUUUGGCAACCAUUGUGUAUUCGUUUGUGGCUGAAUUAGGUAUCUCACAAAACACUCUGGAUAACAAGGACAAGGCUAUUCUCAUUUGGGGUGGAUCUACCGCUUCGGGCGUAUUGGCAAUCCAACUAGCCAAACUUAGUUUCGGGCUAAAGGUUUUCACAACUUCCUCAAAGAAGAACCAUGCGUAUUUGAAGCAGCUAGGCGCUGAUGCUGUGUUUGACUACAGCGACGCGGAUGUUGUUAGUCUUAUUAAAAAGGAAGCUGGCGACUCUAUUGCAUUCGCUCUUGACACCGUGGGUAGCGAAUCUUCACCCCAACAGGUUUAUGAUUCCACUGCGAAUUCCAAACAUGUGGAAAUUGAUAGUUUGUUGUCGAAAGGUAAAGAUAGUAUCACCGUUGACCCUUCGAGACUGGUAAAUCAUCACACGACGGUUGUGUAUCGGGCUACCGGUGCAGAGGUUACACUUGCUGGGAAGACAUUUGAAGCCAAUGAGGUCGCUGCUAAGAAAUACCUCGACUAUUGGACCAAUGAGCUUCCGAAAGUCCUUCCUCAACUUCGGGCGCACAACUUGAAGGUUCUCGAACCUGGACUUGAAAGUGUGAAUGAGGCCUUGCUGUUGUUGCAUGAUGGUAAAGUUAGUGCACAGAAGAUUGUCUUCAGGAAUAGACUCCAAUAG